CUUCAGACCUCAAAUGCCCUCACUCCCCACCACUAGGCCAACAGAUCUAGGUACUCAUGUUUCAAUAACAUAAAAUAAAAAACAAAAUGGAGCAAGAAGCGUGGGGCUCAGCGAUGACGUUUGCAAGCUACACGUACGUGUGGCCUGGCAAAGACACCCACAGCAAGACAGCCUCCCAGGACUGAACAAUGGCCUAUUCCUGAUGGGGCUUUGCAAGGGUGGAAAUUUGGCACUAACAGGCUCCUGGGCAGAUCGGUCACCACUACAUGAAGCGGCAAGUCAAGGGCGUCUUCUUGCGCUGCGAACACUCCUAUCACAGGGUUAUAAUGUAAAUGCAGUCACGAUAGACCACGUCACCCCACUGCACGAAGCCUGCCUCGGAGACCACGUGGCCUGUGCCAGGACCCUACUGGAGGCUGGAGCUAAUGUAAAUGCAAUCACGAUUGAUGGCGUGACUCCAUUAUUCAACGCAUGCUCCCAGGGCAGCACCAGCUGUACAGAACUUCUUCUGGAAUAUGGGGCCAAACCCCAGAUGGAGUCGUGUCUCCCUUCUCCCACACAUGAGGCCGCCAGUAAAGGUCAUCAUGAAUGCCUAGAAAUACUGAUAUCCUGGGGCAUAGAUGUUGACCAAGACAUUCCUCAUUUGGGAACUCCUCUGUAUGUAGCUUGUAUGUCACAGCAAUUCCACUGCAUUCGGAAGCUUCUUUAUGCUGGCGCCGACGUACAGAAAGGCAAGGACUGGGACACACCCCUGCACGCGGCUGCGCAGCAGUCCAGUGCGGAAACUGUGAGCUUACUGCUGGAGUUUGGAGCAGAUAUCAACGCCAGAAAUACAGAGUUGCUUCGGCCUGUAGAUGUCGCGACUUCCAGCAGUUUGGUGGAAAGAUUAUUGCUUCAACAUGAAGCUACUCCAAGCAGCCUUUGCCAGCUUUGCCGACUCUGUAUCAGGAGCUACAUAGGAAGACCGAGAUUGCACCUUAUCCCCCAACUCCAGCUACCAACGCUGCUGCAGAAUUUCUUACAGUACCGAUAAGGCAGUAAAGUAAUGCUAACUACUAGUGAAAUCA